AUGGUUGAGUUACGUAGAUCGAUGGGAGGACGAGGCAAAAAGGCCUCGCCGCCAUUUUUGUCCCAUGAAUUUAUCAUACAAAAUCAUGGUGAUAUCAUGUCGUGUUUGUUGAUGAUUGUUGUCGUGGGACUGCUUUUCCAGGGCACUUCAGCAAUUGCAAGCAUCUUUGUUGUACCUCAGUACAAUGAAACUCUUGUACUAACUCCAGAUACCGAAUCCCGAGCUUAUUACCGUACUGGUGUAAAAGAUAUUGCAACUGUUGCAUUUUACGCAGUUGGUUGGAUUACUGUGCAUGCUAUUUUGCAAGAAUAUGUUUUGGACAAGUUGCAACGAAAACUUCAUUUAAGUAAGACAAAGAUGAGUAAAUUUGCAGAGUCUGGACAGUUAUUCGUCUUUGCUGCAUAUUCUGUUGCUUAUAGCGCUUACAUAAUGCAUGACAUGCGCAUGCAUACGGAUGUUACGAAACUGUGGAAUGGAUAUCCUGAAAUUCAUUGUCACAUGAGUCUUCAUUUGAAGCUCUUUUUCAUUUUGCAGAUUGCAUAUUGGUUACAUCAAUUUCCAGAAUUUUAUUUUCAAAAAAUUCGUAAAGAUGAAAUGCAACCGCGUACAGUAUACUCACUCAUUUUCCUUUUCUUCAUCACUGCUGCGUACUCUCUAAACUUCAAUCGACUUGCCUUGGCGCUUCUCUUUCUUGAGUAUAUUUCACAAAGUGCAUUUCAUGUCACGCGCCUUUUCCACUUUGCUGAAAAAUGGAAUAUUGCCAAGACAGGUUUCAAAAUUUGGAACAUAACAUUCGUACUGGUACGAUUAAUAAGUGCAGUAUUAGCUGUGCUUACAUUAUGGUAUGGACUUCGCUCUAAUGAAACUCCAUAUGUUGAUCCAGUCAACGGAAAUUUCAACACUGCAUUUGUCAGGUUAAAUAGUUUGCUAUGCGUCUUAGCGUUACAGUUAUAUAUGUUGUGGAACUUUGCUCUAUUUCAUGUGCGUCGUUAUCGCGAGAAGCAUAAUAAAGUGAAAAUAGAAAGGCAGCCCAAAAUUCAGUUUAGGAGAAGGAAACAUUUGAACGACGAUGUUCGCGAUCUUCCCGAAGCUGACCAACAUUCUCGCAAAAAAUCUAGUUGA